AUGCUUACAAAAUAAUUCCAAUUAUUGAGAAGUGUUGCAUUCUUUUCAAGAGUUAAAGUAGGAUUGAAUAGUGAAAUUUAUGUUAGAAAAUCACAUAAAUACUUACACUCUAUCUAUGAGAAAGAAUCACCAAUCGAAAAUGCAUAAUAAAUUGUUAAGGACUUUAAUUUGACCUUGGGAUAAAGGUAUUAACAUGGAUUUGAACCUGAAGAAAUGAAAGAUGCAUCACCCUUAGUUCAAAAAGCUUUUGGACUUAAUAAUGCGACUGAUGGUUAAAUUGUUGCUUAUCGAAUUUAAUAAGCAAUUAAAAAAUAUCAAAAAUGGCCAUUAGACACAGCAAGUGCAUUAGUCAAGGCUGCAGUUUUGAAUGAGAGAGUUAUCUCAUUAAUGAAUCAUAUGGAAAAAAACAGAUAGGACAAAUAUUGUGCUUUGACACUUACAAAAUUAUUAGCAGCUAGAAGAACGGCCAUGUAUUAUUUGAGAACUCAUGACUAUUAAGGAUUUCUUUGGUUAGUUGCUGAUUAUGGUUUGAAAGAUCUCAAAUAUCAUAAUCAUAAUUACUUAAGACACAGACAUGUAGCUGCUACCAAAACCAAAAGAUAUACAAGAAAAGACACAAACAGAACAAGAUGGGCAUUAUGA